AUGAUUGAUAUUUCCCUCCAGCAAGAUGAGUACGAGGUGGUCCCCACACUGGUGCAGCCCACUUUGGUCGAGGUCUUGAAGUCUCGUGUCAAGGCCAACAUGGCUCGUGAGGCACAACUGCCCUUGGUUCACACGCUACCCGUUGAGCAGAUGCUCCAGGCCCGUUUGGCCUCUUUUGAUCCUAAUACGGAGGAUGCCGAGGUCGAUAAUGCGUUCUACGUUGCCGACAUGGGCGAAGUCUACCGUCAACAUUUGAGAUGGAAGGCUCUUCUUCCUCGUAUCGAACCAUUCUUUG